AUGAUUGCUCAACGUAAAAAAAAAGAGGGAAAUCAAUUAACACUUCAAGACACUAUCAACAGACAACAAAGUCUUCUUAAUAAAGAUAAAAUAACAAUAGAACAUUUUCUUACAACAUAUGUAUUAUCAGAUGGAUCAACAUAUAAAAGUAGAUUAGAACAAAUAAAUAUUCAAAGAGAUGGUAAUUUUACAAUUUUUCUUGAUGAUGUAAAGGAUUAUUUAUUUUUAAAUGACAACCAAAUUAAAGACAAAAAGAUUCUUGACAGAAUAGAAAAUAAUGCAGCUCGAUAUUUAAAUAUUUUUAAAGAAGUUAUUUAUACAUUACUUCCAUCUCGUGUUGGACUUGAUCCUUCUUCAUUAGAUUCAGUUGAUGUUUUAACUAUUCAAAGGGAAACAAAGAAUUUAAGUUUUCCAUUAGAAUUAAAAGCAAAAUUUGAAACAUUUAUUAGACCAAGAAAAAAUCAAGAAAUUACUCCAAUAAGAGAAUUAAGAGCUGAAAAAAUAGGUAAAUUAGUUCGAGUUAAAGGUAUUGUUACUCGUGCAACUGACGUUAGACCAUUAGCACGAGUUAUUACUUAUUCUUGUGAACAAUGUGGUAAUGAAUUAUAUCAAACAAUCAUUGGUAACAGAUUUUUACCUCAAUAUAAAUGUCCUUCAAAGACUUGUCAAAAAGGAAAUAAAACAGGUACAUUAUUAAUGCAACCUCGUGCAUCAAAAUUUGUUAAAAUUCAAGAAAUUAGAAUUCAAGAAUUAGUUGAAGAAGUUCCUAUGGGAGCAACUCCACGUAAUUUGAUUGUUAAAGUAGAAGGACCAUUGGUUCAAUUAUGUGCACCAGGAGAUGUUGUUACAAUAGAAGGUAUUUAUCUUCCAGAUGAAUUUUUUUCAAGAAAAGAUAUGCAUAUUGGAUUUAUUAGUAAUACUUUUAUGAAAGCAAUGUCCAUUGAAAAACAAAAAAAGAAUUACACAACAUACACACUUUCUUCUGAAAUUAAAACUCGAAUUAGUGAUGAAGUAAAAGAUUUUCCAUUUGAAGAAAUUUAUAAUAACUUAGCACUCUCUAUAGCUCCUGAAAUUUACGGUUUAGAAGAUUUAAAGAAAGCCUUAUUACUUACUGUAGUUGGUGCACCAACUAGAAGAAUGAAAGAUGGUGUUAGCAUUAGAGGUGAUAUUAAUACAUUAUUAGUUGGUGAACCUGGUAUUGCUAAGUCUCAAUUAUUAAGGGCUGUUGCUGGUGUUGCUCCAAGAAGUGUUUAUACUACUGGAAAAGGGUCAUCAGGAGCUGGUUUAACAGCGGCAGUUAUAAGAGAUCAAUUAACUAAAGAAUGGGUAUUAGAAGGAGGGGCAUUAGUUUUAGCAGAUAUGGGUAUUUGUUGUAUUGAUGAAUUUGAUAAAAUGGAUGAAACUGAUAGAACAGCUAUUUAUGAAGUAAUGGAACAACAAUCAAUUUCUAUUGCUAAAGCAGGAAUUACAACUAGUUUAAAUGCAAGAGUGAGUAUUGUUGCAGCCGCUAAUCCUAUAAAAGCAAGAUAUGAUAUCAGAAAAUCUGUAUCAGAAAAUGUUAAUUUACCAGCAGCAUUGGUAUCUCGUUUUGAUUUAUUAUUUGUAUUACUUGAUGAUGCUACACAAGAUUUUGAUAAAGAACUUGCAUUAUUUGUUUGUAAAUCACAUAGAGGAGAAGUUGGAGAAAGUAAAGCAAUUUAUGAUGUUGAAUUUUUAAGGGCAUUUAUUGGAAAUGCAAAGAAUUUUAAUCCAAUAGUUCCUGAGACAUUAACAGAUUACAUAGUUGAUAGUUAUGUUAAAAAGAGGUCAAAACCUAAAAAUAAGUUAGAUGAUUUAAUUAUUACUCCAAGAAGUCUUCUUGCUAUUAUUCGUUUAGCACAAUCGGUAGCACGACUAAGAUUUAGUAAUGAAGUAAAUAGUCAAGAUGUUGAUGAAGCAUUAAGAUUGAUUGAUGUUUCACGAUCAUCUAUAGAUAAAUUCCAAGUAGGAUUAAAUUUGAUUGACCCUACUAAUACAAAUGAUAUUGAUCAACUAUUAGAUGAGUUUGAAUCAAAAAGUGAAAAUGAACAAUGA